CAAAUCUCUGAACACAACAAUUCGGAACUCCUUUGAAGCAGUCAUUUUAUUUUUCGUUGACCCUCCUGGCCUUUUUCACCGAAUUUUAAAAUGUCCGAAAUCGAAUGGUGUGCAGAGGUAGAUGAGUUGGACAGUGAGGAGUCUGGGCAAGAACGGACUCCAUCGAUCGCUCCGGAGGACCUGAAUGACAAUGCAAUUCUGGCAAGUCCAUCGGAUUCGGGUACGGAUACGGAUUUGCUAUCAUCGCUAUCGUUAUCAACCACCACUGUGGAUGGCAGUCAAUCAUCAGGAACCGAAGAAUCCAACCUUGAUCUCGAUACCGGACAUUUCGGCUUGCGACCUGUGCAAGGUACCACCAACUUGCGACCCCAUUCUACCCUUACGUCCUCACCAUCAGGACCACAAUUAGCUCUAUCAUCACCAUGGCAAGUAAUAAGGAGACGAUUGAGAUCCCAUCGGGAAGUGAUCAACCGUCCCUCUGGCCGAUUCGAACGUAGGGGACGCCUCUCUACUAGCGAGACCGUGGAAAUGAUUCGACUGAUCUCGGAAUUCAUGCAGGAUCUAGUAAAUUCUCGUCCCUCCCUCGAAGUUCAAAGAGGCCGUAAUCGUAUGCGGAGGGCAGAGGGCAUAGCUCGACCUCAUGCUCGAUCCCGACUUGAUGCUCAAAGGGUGAGAGCCGCAUCCUUACACCGAACUGCUUUGAGAGCUGCUGAGCAAUUGAUUUCGGCUCCAAACGACCAAGAGCUGCGGCGUGCAAAUAGUGUUAGCGAUUGCAGCCAGUGCAGCAGUGAUGAGGAACAGGAUCAAAUCGAUGGCAAGAAUAGAAAGCCUACUGUUCCCAGUCAUCUCACCGAAUGGUUGUAUCCAAUUUAAACUGUAAAUUGUGUAAUAUUACAAUAAACUAAGAGUCAUUGUUCUGUCAGACUCAAAGAAAGCAUA